CUUUGAGAAAAAACACCUUUUAAAUGACGUCUUCAAUUUACUUUAUUUGAAACUCUGAUCUGAAAAUAUUUGUCAACAAGACUUGUUAGUAGUGAGAAGUACAAACCAAGUUUCCCUUCAUAACUUAAUUUCUUAAAUGUCUCAAUCACUGGAUCUCCCCAAAAAUAUCACAUCUUUUCAUUUUUAGAAGAACUUUAUUAGUUAUGAACAUAAGUCAUUUAUGGUUAACGAGGUAGAACAAGGCUAACUUAGGGUAAAUGUGGGUUAACGUGGUAGAACAUGGUUAACUUAGGGUAGAUGUGGGUGAACGUGGUAGGACAUGGCUAACUUAGGGUAGAUGCGGGUUAACGUGGUAGAACAUGGUUAGCUUGUGGGUUAACGUGGUAGAACAUGGCUAACCUAGGGUAGAUGUGGGUUAACGUGGUAUAACAUGGCUAACUAGGACAUAUUGUAAGUUUUACAUGAAGGUUAACCAUAUAUAUUGUCAGCCAUUUUGUCGUCUAUAUGGUAUUCAGCCAUGGCGUAUAUACCUAAAAAGCCUUCGACGUACGUCCUUCGGCGUAGCAUCACUUACGGUGUUUUCAACUGCGUCUUACAUUGAGCUCACCCUACGCAUACCACUCUGUGCAUUCUUUCCGUUGGCGAAUUUUCCAUUUAACGACCACAAACGGGGUCGAUUAACGCUGCUCUUGCAUUGCUGUACCUAGAACCAUUCGUGAAACGGUUCGUAAACAUGGCUUCUGAGGACGCUUCAGAGUGGACGGUGGCUGCGAAGCUGGGCGAAGUUCUUGCUUCUGAUAGGUUUGAUAAAGAUUCUAUCUCACAGGGAGAGUUAGGGUUAUCACAAGCGUUUUGCUUGUUGUGGCAAAAUCAAAACACAGGAGAUGUUGCCGGAAGGCUAAGACCGAAUGUCAUGACAACUAUGGCAACUGCCGCUGUUUUGCUAGAUUUGUAUGUGUUGGAUAAAAUUGACUUCAACAAAGACAUCAAACAUUGGAUGGACAGGACGAGAGAAGUUAUCACGGUGAAAGUUAAAGAUACCACUUUAACUGGGACAUACUUAGACCAGGCUUUAUUUCUGGACAUUGUAAAGUAUCAUCAGGCUGCCAAGGGAAAACCAAGAACAAUUGUGGAAUGGAUAAUCCAUGGAUCCUAUGAGAGAGAAAAUUCUGCUACAAUAGUCUUGGACAGUUUAGUGUUACAUGGCAUCCUAAAAAGAGAGUCAAAACUAUUUGGAAGGAGAUAUCCCAUUGUUGAUGCAAAUCCAAAGCAGAAGCUAGUGAGUGAAAUAAGACAAACAGUUCUCCUAAAUCAGCCUGCAGUUGGAUUUAUUUGGACUUUGCUCAAGCUUGUGUAUGAGGCAGACUGUUGUGCUGGAAAGAAAAUGCCACUUCUUAGCAUGUAUUUUGAAGUUGAUGAGCUCCGAAUGGCAAAAGAAAAUAUGAAGAUGCUAGUAACAGUUAAUGUGCAGAGUGAACAAGUUGCAAAUGAAGAUGUAGAUUGUUCUCAGUCAUUUGAGCUGGAAGUCGUUGGAUGAUAUAAUGCAAAGUUACCUUUGCUGCUCUUUAUUUUUUUCUUAUGGAGAGAAGAUCAAGGGAAGAGACUGGACUCAAUGUGCAAGCCUUACAUUUGAAAUCGAAAGGCAAAUCACCCUAACUCAUUUUUAGCUCACUUUUUGUUUUUUGAGAGGUUAAAGUAACUCUUGUAGGCUUUAUGCAGUGCUAUUGAAGUUUAUCCCAACCUCCAUGGUUCCUUGGAAUGAAGUACCAGAGAAUUCUCCAGGAUGAGAUGCCAGAUCCUUUCAAGUAACCUUGUGUUUCAUCAAGUUCUCUGCCAGUUUUAAUUUCCUGGGAGGAGUGGAUUAUUCCACCAAAGACAAAUGCAAUGACCCCAUGUAGACAGUAAAGGCUUAAAGCUUUAGUACUGUUAAAGAAUGUACUCUACAAUCUGUAAAUUCUGCUUAAAACAAAUAUGAUAAAAUUAUGCCAAACAUAAAUGCUACAUAUUUUGGUGGAUGUAUUUUUAAUGCUGGAUUCAAGAUUUUGUUAGUCAUUUGCCAGGAACAUGACAAAAAGAAAAUCAUACUAAAUAUGCAGCAAACUUGUCAGAUAUGCACAUAGUGCAAAGCUCUCCAACACUCUCUCUGUAUCUCAGAUGAUAGAGAACUGACGAUCUUAGGUUUAAUUCCUUGUUGAGGACUUGGCAGUUCUGUUCUUCACCUGAUGCUUGUUGUGAAACAGUUUCCAUGACAUUUUAAUCAAGUAACUAACAGCUUUAUAAAACUGUCUGCAAUAAGUUCAAUCACCAAGCAUAUUUUUUGGUUUAAAAUGUUACAAUGUAUCAAUCAUGUUAGUGACAAGCAAAUUUGUACAGACUCUCCUUUUUUGCCUAUUUAAAUGAGGAAACUUUCCUCGUUGCUAAUCGUCUUAAUAAAAAAAGCGAUUUUGGAGGGAGAUCAAUCAUUUUCGCCACUUCUUUUUAUAAAUGGAUAAAGAUAAUGUCGAUACCACAGGCAAACCACACCAAGUGUUCGUUGACAUGAGACAAAUGAAAUCUGUAAGGGUUAUGAAUACAGCUCUGAAAAUUGCAUAUCUAAGAAUUACAUCUUGGUCUGA